GUAAUACACUUCAUACCAAUCACUUUCGACGGAAAAGGGGAUAAAAUUAUGGUGAAGUAGUGUUAAACUGUUCACUGUAAUGAGUGAGAUGAUACAUAGAAUUGUGUUCAACAUUGGAAUGGCAACAUUUCCCUGAUUGGGCCAUAUCCAUGAUGAACCCUAUAAACAACAACAUUACAAAAGAAUUAACACUUCCUAUUCCGGGUGAUAUCGGGAUAAAUGAACAUCAUCAAGAAACAAUAAUAAAUUACUUGAGGUUUGCCCGAUACAAUCGUGGACAAUGCUUACGUUCCGUGGAUGCAUGUUUUGAAGAAUAUAAAGACGGUCGCUUGGUUGAAGAUACAUAUACUUUGGAAGAAGUCCUAGAAAUGCUUCACAGCUUGCAGUCUGUUGUUAAAGGGGAAGUGGAAUCAGAGUUAAUAAACACCGCGCACACGAAUGUUCUGCUAUUGAGGCAACUCUUUUCUCAGUCGGAAAAAUGGUAUCUUAAUCUGCAAGCUGAUAUAUCUGAAUUAGAAAAUAGGGAACUUAUUGAAGAAAUCGCGAAGUUCGAAGAAAGAGAAUUCUCAGCAAAGAAGACUGUUUCGCAGACGUCUGUUUCGUCCAAGUUAGCUCAAAAACCGAAGCUCGAACCUCUUAGUGAUGGCAGCGGUUCAACACUGUUACAAAUGGAAAUUAAUAGACUCCAAGAAGAAAAUGCUAGGUUGAAAGAAAAAAUUAAAAUGAGUGAAUCGAUGGCGGCCUGUGUGCUGGACGAGAGAAGUAAGUUGAAAGCCGAUCUGGAAAAGACCCAGUCACAACUGUCAACAAUGUCGCAAUCUGGGGAUGGAGAGGAAAUCAAGGAACUGGAAAGGAGAAUGCAAACAGUAACAAUGGAAAUGGAAAAUGUUAGAAAAGCUAGUUCCACUGGCGGUGGUAAAGUUUCCGAAAUAGGGGAGCAACUCUCAAAUGCCAAGCAUGAAAUCCUGCGGUUACAACACGAUUUGCAAGAGAAGGAAAAAGAAUUGACGAAAAAAUUUAAUGAAACGACACAAUAUACAAACAUGAAGCAAAUGCUACAGACCAAGAAUGAACAGAUGAAGAAACUUAGGCAAAGACUAAAGAAAUACGAGCCCAAUUUUGAAUCGUGAUAUCAACUGGUCGUAGCUUGCUGAAUUUCUUUCUGAUUCCAUGAUGUUGAUAAUGCAUAUUGAAAUGGUCCAUCUUUAUUGACUUUGAAACUUUUUACUAUUACAAUGCUGUAAAUUUUUAAAACUGUCAAGUUAGUCACUUUCGUGCAUUAUCAUAUGUCUGCUAAGGUUUUAGGGCAGCGUUAAUAAAUUAUGUUGCAUUUUAAGUCACGAUGCUUUAUAGCUGAACUUUAAUUAUUUCAGUAUUUAAUGAACAUUAUGAAGCUUAUUAUUCCGAUUAUCAGUCUAGAUACAGGCACAUGUGAA